UCCCUGCUCAGCCGCUGCUCGGGUUCCCUCUAGCGGCAGGAUCGUCCGGAAGGGGAAGUCGGAAGGCCAGCCGCUUUGCCCAGGCCCGGAGAUCAGCUGAGCGGCGCCUGCUGCAAUUGCAAAGAGGAGGCGACGAGGGGGCCGGCGCUGCCCGGGGGUGGAGUCUCAUCUCGGCCAUGGGGUCAAAGAGUGGGGAUUGCUGGGCCAACACCCUUGCUUCGUUCCGCUUGGGCCCCACGGCUUUCCUCUUGGCCCAUGGGGCCAGCGACACCUUUGUGGCUGAGCUGUUGCGGGAGCUCCGGGGCGAGAGGCUGGGGGAGCAGCUCAAGAUCUCCAUGUUGACGCUCCUCUUGGAAUAUCCCACCCUGCUGUGCCCAGACGCCAAGGUAGGGCAAGAGGCUGCGGCAUCCCUCCUCUCCCUCUUUGCCCAGCUGGGUCCCUCAUCCAAGCACUCGUGUCUACGGUGCCACCUGCUCUUUGCCACGGGGACGGUGCUGGUGGCCACAGACGCCUUCAGCGAGAGCUGCCAGACUGCCCAUGAGUACCUCUUCCUGUUGCUCCACCUGGCGUCUGACCUUAACGACCGCCACGGGGGAGCUGCAGAGCGGCCAGUGCGAUCGGCCGCUUGUGAGUGCCUGCGGGAGCUCGAGAGCUGCUACCCCGGGCUCCUCUCUCGGCGGCUGGAGAUCCUGCGUUCCUUACAACACCAGGAGGCGACCCCAGCCCACCAGGGCUACACACUGCUCUACGGCCUGGCUUUGAGGAACGCCAUCUUGCGGUUGGCCCAGGGCGGCCUGGAGACUCUGGGGGAAAUCCUGGCAGGCAGUGAGGGCCUGGUGUGGGAGGCUACAAGGGAACCAGGGGAGCUCCCUCUGGCUACCUUCGACCAGCUGUCCCUGCUGCCCUCGCCGGGUGACGUCAAGGACCUCAAAACGGUGGUGUCGGCUCUGCUGGACAGCUCCUACCUCCUGUCCUCCGUAGCCCAAAGCCACCUCCUAUGGCAGCUGGCCCAGGCAGCAAAUGUUGUGCGCACCCAGUCGCCCGCCGUCUUCAAAGCCCAGCUUGUACGCCUUUUUGGCACGGCAGAGGUAGAACUUCAGCACGCCAUCUUGCAGCUCAAGUCCCUCUUCACCGACAGCCUGUUCACCUCUGAAGAUGAAACAUUCCUGCUUCGCCGCCUGGUGGGGCUAGCCCAGCACCCAGCUCUGCCCGCCCCGGUGAAACUCUUCCAUCUGGACUGCCUCUUGCACUUCCCUGAAAACCGGCCACUGGGCUCGGGCACGGAUGAGGGGUUGCCAGUUCUGCUCACCCCUCACACCACUUCCGGCCUCUUUCCUGGCCUCUUCCAAGACCAGGGCACCGUCUUGGCCCGGCUGAACCUGCUGUGUCUAGUGUGUGUAGAGAGUGAGGGGCCCAUCGCCGAACGCGCAGUGAGCUACCUCUUGGAGCAUGUGCUCACCCUCGGGGGGCUGGUGUCCAGGAGAGGUGGAGUGGAGGCCACCCGGCUUUUUUUCCAGGCAGCCUAUUUAUUUGCCCGCUACUUUGGCUCCCGAGUGCAGCCCAUGGUGGAGGUGACCCAGUGCCUGUUGGACCUCUACCGUCAGAAUUGUGCUCUGGCACCAAACCUUAUCAACCUUUUAGAUGAAGCAUGGCGGGCUCCGGAAGCAGGUGGCUGGGCUGGCCCUCUUGCCCAGGCCUUACAAGAGCUCGUUGUGGGUGUUCCCUUGCAAGAGGAGGACUUGGCUUGGCACCUGAAAGUCUUGGCCCGAUUGGCAAAGGAGAAGGACAUCCCUCAAGGGAGCACCAUGCAGUUUCUCAGUCGUCUGGUGGCCUCAGGGCGACUCGGAGAUUGGCGCUCGGGGCAGAUCCUCCUGAGCAUCUGCCGUAACUUGAUGCAGCUCCGCCCGCUUCCUGCUCCAGGCCACCUGGCUGACCUUCUGCAGGCUGUGUCGCUCAGCCACCUGGACGUGGAUGUGCAGGACCGGGCUCGGUUCUACUACACCCUGCUGGCAAACCUCUCCAGCGAGAAGCUCGGGGCUGUGCUGGCUCCAGGAGGUCCCAUCAAGUCCCGGACACUCUCCUCCUCCAUUGUGGCCGAUAGCGAGAGCUUUGUGGCCGCUCUGACUGUGCAUCCAGCCGAGCGAGCCCCCUUGCAGCUGCAGCGGGUGGGGGCCAGCAGCGACAUGCCUGUGGCCCCUCACCCCGAGCAAGAUGUGGAGGGCUAUUGCCAGUGGUUGUUGGAGCCCCGUCCUCCCUUGCAGCUCAAUUUGACGUACCAACUGGUCCACACGGGUCCGUCCAGCCCCCGCUAUGAUCUCCUGCUCUGCGUGAUUCUUCGUUUUGCGUGCUCAGACCGGUACUAUGAGCCUGUCCCAGAACUGUGUGUGCCCUGCCUUUCGGCGUCCCGCCCCCCUCGGAUGCUGACAUUAACCCUGCAGCCACGGUGCCCCUACCCGACGCGGCUGGACGUCUCUGCCCUGUACACAACGCAGGAGGGCCUCACCCAUUGCAGCCGGCUGGAGCCGUUGGAGGUAGCCUUCUCUGAUCUUUUCAUGCCCCUGUCGCUACCUCUCUGGGCUUUAGACAAGCGGCACCGUCUCUUCAGCGCCCUCUGGGACCGGCUUCACCCCGAGGGCAACGAAACAGGUGCCGAGAGCCUCACCGUCUGGCCCGUGACCCCGCAGUCCCUGGUGUGCCUGGUGCAUGAUCACUUUGCCCGGUACGUCCUAGCGGAGCAGUCAGGCUGCUAUGAAAUCGGCAUGGCUCUACCUCCUCAGUAUCACAUUCUGCUUCAGGUGCAGAGCGCGGAAGACGUGGCCCGGGUGGGCAUUCGCACGGACAACUGGAAACUGUUGCCCUUGCUGAACAAGUACUUGCAACGUCUCAUGGAGACCAGAUGAAGGCACGGAUUGUGGGCAGUGUGAAAAGAGUACAGGGGUUCGCCUAUCAAACAUCUUUGUGGACCCCAAAUAAAUGCUUUUCUGUUUUUGCAA